UUCCCCCCAUCCUACAGAAAAAAAAUUAGGGACCAGACACACAGCUAUGGACGACGAAUCGCCUGUCAUUUAUGGGCUAGAAUUUCAGGCCAAAGCAUUAACUGCACAAACAGGAGAAACUGAUAAGAUCAGGUUUCUGGUUGGAACUCAGUCUUUACGAGUAGAAAAUCAGAUUCAUCAUAUUGAUUUUGAUGAUGAAAACAACAUCAUUAACAAGAACAUUUACCUACAUCCUGAAGGAGAGAUCUGGAAUAUUAAUGCCUCAACAAUUGACAAAGACUUAAUGACAACAUGUUACAAUAAAACAUCAGAAUCAAAGACAGAAAUGAAGGCAGCUAUUUGGAGACUACCCUCUGAUUUUGAUAGUGGUCAAGCAGAUGACCAGUCAGCACAUCCAGCUGUCCGAUUGGUCUGUCAUCUAAACAACUCAGAAUACGGUGACAUGAAAAGUGUUCUAUGGCAUCCAACAGGAGACACCUCAACUGUGAUAGGCUUUGCAGAUAAUCAUAUAGUAUUGUGGGAUAUUGACACGUCUUCAAGUACUGCAAAGAUGACAGCUUCUACAGGAUUAGAUAGUAAAGGUAACUCCAAAUUUACCUGUGGGCGAUGGAAUCCUCAUCACAAUUGUACACAGAUAGCCACUGCAAAUGACACACACAUACGAGGAUGGGACAUUAGGAGUAUGCAACAGGUUUAUACCAUAGAGAAUGCACAUGGUCAGUUGGUCCGAGACUUGGACUUCAAUCCAAAUAAACAAUAUUAUAUAGUAAGCUGUGGUGAUGAUUGUAAGGUCAAAUUCUGGGACAUCAGAAAUCCCACAGAGUCACUGGCUGUUCUCUCCCAACAUUCUCAUUGGGUAUGGUCUGUGAAAUACAAUCAUUUCCAUGACCAGUUGAUAUUAUCGUCCAGUAGCGAUAGCCGUGUUAUUUUGAACAGUGUUGUAUCCCUGUCAUCUGAACCCUAUGGUAAUCUAGCAGAUAAUAAUGAUAGUGAUAGUGAUGAUGAUCAUGAUGAAAUUGAAAGAUCUAAAGAACCUCAACAAGAUGGUAUAAUAUCUACGUAUGAAGAACAUGAAGAUAGUGUUUAUGCUGUAGACUGGUCAGCGGCAGAUCCCUGGGUGUUUGCUUCUCUGAGUUACGAUGGACGAUUAGUUAUAAACAGAGUACCUCGGGCUGAAAAGUACAAAAUUUUGUUGUGACGAAUAGACACUGGUGUUGUUAAUGUGCAAUAUAUAUGUUAUUUAUUAAAUAUCUUAGUACUUCAAUAA